UGAUCCGGGUGAAGAUGGCGGCCUCGGAGCUGUGUGUCAGGAGCAGCCGAGAUUUAUGGACUAUCUUGCUGGGCAGAUCUGCACUUCGAGAACCGGCCCAAAUCGAGGCUGAAUUGGAUCGGAACUGGGAGAGACUGCUGCAGGGUCUGUCCUUCUACAAACCACCCAGCACAUCGGCCGCUGACAAGCUGAAAGCAGAUAAAGACACACCACAAGCUCUCAAAGACUUCGGACUCAGGAUCAGCAAACUGCUGGGUUUGGAUGAACAGCAAAGUGUGCAGAUUCUUCAGUGUUACCUUCAGGAGGACUACAGGGGCACACGAAACACACUCAAGGCUGUGCUGCAGGAUGAGAGACAGAGUCAAGCUCUGCUGCUGAAGAUAGCAGAUUACUACUAUGAAGAGAGACUGUGCGUUCUGCGCUGCGUUCUCCACCUCCUCACGUACUUCCAGGAUGAGAGACAUCCAUACAGGGCAGAGUACUCCAACUGUGUUAGUAAACUGGAGAAAGAUCUGGUGUCCAACUACAGGCGGCAGUUUGAGUCGCUGUCCAAAUCAGAAGCUCCAACAUGGGAGACGCAUGGAAUCCUGAUGACGGAGAGGCAGGUGUCCCACUGGUUUGUGCAGUGUCUGAAGGAACAGGCCCUGCUGCUGGAGAUCUUGUUCCUGUAUUACGCAUACUUCGAGAUGCCGCCCAAUGACCUUUCCACCUUCACACGGCUGUUUAAGGAGCAGGGCUUUGGACAGCGGCAGACCAAUCGACACCUCGUGGACAAGAGCAUGGACGCGCUGGUUGAACGCAUUGGCUAUUUCAGUUCUUUGAUUCUUGUGGAGGGGAUGGAUAUCGACUUUCUGCAUAAAUGUGCUCUAGAAGAUAGAACCGAACAGCAUCAGUUUUUUGACCAACAGGAUAUUUGCAAGGAAGUGGAUCAGAUGCUGUUGACAUUUGGUGACAUCUCUCACCAUGGGCCGGUUCUCUUGGCCUGGGUUCUGCUGCGACACACACUGCGUCCAGAGGAAGUGAGCUCUGUGAUUAGACGUCUAGGACACACGACGCUGCAGCUCGGAGUCUUUCAGUACCUCACCAACAUGCUGCAGGCACUCGGCAGCACUGGAAAUAACUGUACAGCGAGCACUGCACGGAUGUGUAUAUAUGGUCUCCUGUCUUUUGUCAUCACCUCUUUUGAAGAAGAAACACUCGGCAGCCAACAGCAUCUGAUCAAUGCAGCAUGUGAAGUUCUUGCUGCUCCGAGUCUGGCUGAGCUUUUCUGGGAGUCGAAUCCAAACAUGGGUCUCGGAGUGAUUCUGGACUGUACAGUGGGUCUGUUUCCAUAUAAGACUGGACCUUUACUACAGCUGCUCACUGCACUGCUGUCUGACAAAUCUACAGCUAAGAAGGUGUACACCUUUUUAGAUAAGAUGUCGUUCUACACUGAGGCCUAUAAGCACAAACCCAACGAUGUGAUCUCCAGAGAGGAUGGCACUCUGUGGAGGAGACAGACUCCUAAACUCCUCUACCCUCUGGGGGUGGGUCAGACCAACCUGCAGAUGCCUCAGGGAUGUUUCGGACAGGUGUGUGAAGGAAAGCAGCUGUCUGUGGGUGAACAGGGUUUCCUGGUGCGCUGGGAAUAUUCCUAUAGCUCAUGGACUCUCUUCACCUGUGAGCUUGAGAUGCUGCUGCACGUCGUUUCUACUGCAGAUGUGUUGGCACACUGUGAGCGAGUGAAGCCCAUCUUGGAUCUGGUUCAUAAGAUCAUCAGCACAGAUUGGACAGUGUCUGACUGUCUGCUGCCACUCACAUCACGGAUCUACAUGCUGCUACAGAGGUUGACCUCCGUUAUUAACCCUCCGGUAAAUGUUAUCACUUCCUGCGUCAACUGCCUUAUCGCUCUGGCUGCUCGGCAGCCUGGGAAGGUUUGGUCUAGUCUGCAUCACACCGGCUUCCUUCCGUUCGCCUCCACCCCUCUGACUAACAUGGCACAGACUGUCAGUGCAGAGGGUAUGAAGGCGGGUAACUAUGGCAACCUGCUGGUAUUGAUCGAACAGCCCAGAGGAGAGUACAGUGUGACCAUUGCCUUUUUAAGAUUAGUGACCACACUCGUCAAGGGUCAGUUGGGCAGUACUCAGAGCAGAGGACUCAUCCCAUGUGUGCUGCUGGUUCUGAAAGAAAUGCUGCCUGCAUACCAUAAAUGGCGCUACAACACCUAUGGCGUGCGAGAGAGGAUCGGUUGCUUGAUUCUAGAGCUGGUUCAUGCUAUUCUUAAUCUGAGUCAGGAGGGGGAGUCAGAGGGCAGCGCCCCCAGUCUGCAGUCGUUGUGUAUCUACAGUCUGGCCAACACAGAGGCAGGACAGGCGGUGGUUAACAUCAUGGGUGUGGGAGUGGACACUAUCAACAUGGUGCUCGCAGCACAGCCCAGCAGUGGUGGGUCUGAGGGACCUGGUCAGGUUCUGAUCCAGACUGUGAAGUUGGCUUUCUCAGUCACCAACAAUGUGAUCCGACUCAAACCGCAGUCUGAUACGGCCUCACCACUGGAGCAAGCGCUGACACAGCACGGUGGUCAUGGCAACAACCUGAUCGCUGUGCUGGCAAAGUAUAUCUACCACAAGCACGACCCAGCGCUGCCACGACUUGCUAUACAGCUGCUGAAGAGACUCGCCACGGUGGCUCCCAUGUCUGUGUACGCUUGUCUGGGCAGUGAUGCCGCUGCGAUCAGAGAUGCGUUUCUGACGCGACUACAGAGCAGAACUGAAGACAUGCGUAUUAAAGUCACCAUACUGGAGUUCCUCACCGUGGCUGUGGAAACACAACCUGGACUCAUUGAGCUCUUCCUCAACCUGGAGACCAAAGACGGCAGCGACGGGGCAAAGGAGUUUUCUCUGGGAGAGUGGAGCUGUUUGUCAGUGGUGUUGGAGUUGUUGGACUCUAAGCAGCAGGGGAAGUACUGGUGUCCUCCACUCCUGCACAGGGCGGCACUGGCCUUCCUCCACGCACUCUGGCAGGACAGACGGGACAGCGCGCUCUCGGUGCUCAGGACCAAAGAAAAAUUCUGGGAUAACUUAACAACUCCUUUAUUUGGAAACUUACCUCCCCCGUCUGAGACCACAGAGCCGUGUGUUCUGGAGUCUUGUGCCUUUGUGAUGAAGAUAAUCGCCCUUGAGAUCUACUAUGUUGUCAGUGGUGUGUUGGAUCCAUCUCUGAAAGCGGCUCUGGAGAGUUUCAGCACUAAGCGCCGCUACGAUUUCUGGUCGGAUUACGUGCGUGAUCUAGUGUGUGUGGCCUGUGACGGUGAAGAGGAGGGUUUGCGCUCUCUUUCCGAGUCUCAGAUGCUCAUAUCCGCCUGGAGGACGCUCUUAAUACUCUCCACCAGUCAUUCUGAGGUAAUGCAUCUGAAGGAUGACACUGUCAGGCAGAAGCUUUUCAUGGACGUGUUGGAAGGGACCAAAGCAGCGCUGCUGAUGUCUCAGUCUGUUUUCUGUCUGCAUCUGGGAUCCAUGAUGGUCACGCUGCUCCUCAUCCUCCUCAAACAGUGGAAAAGUGUGUUGGUGUCCGCCCCAGCUCUACUGCCGCCCCUGUCUCUGAUGAUGGAAAGCGUUCUACAUGCUGAACAACAGCUCACGGACCGAACUAAAGCCAAACUCCUGUCAGCUCUCAUCUUAGCCCUGCAGAUACAAGGACUCAACGGAGGAGAUAUUACCCAGCUUCCCCAGCUGCUGUUGUGUGUGUGUGAGAUGGUUCAGGACGAGGCCCUGACGUUGAUUGACAGCACACGUCACACGAUACAGAGAGGUGACGUUCAGGAGGACGGCAUGGAGACAGACAGCCCACACAUACAGAAAGACCAGCAAGACUCAGUGUGUGUGUUAGCUCUUCAUCUCUCUAAAGAGUUGUGUCGGGCUGACGAGGAUGGUGAGCAGUGGCUGCAGGUGGUCAGGAAGCUGCCAGUUCUGCCGUCGGUUCUGAGCGCUCUAGAACUCAGUAUGCGAUCCAAACAGAACCUUUACUUCACUGAGGCAGCGCUUCAUCUGCUGCUCACACUCGCAAGAACACCGCAGGGGGCAGCAGCAGUGGCAGGUGCUGGAGUGAUUCAGAGCAUCUGUCUUCCUCUCCUCAGUGUGUAUGAGGGUCCAGCUAACGGAGCCACGCAGGCGUUUGUGCGGAAGUCUCAGGACGCCCCCAGCUGGACGGGUGUGUACAGACUGAGUCUGUCUCUGAUGGAAAGUCUGCUGAAAACUCUCCGUUACAACUUCAUUAAUGAAGCGCUCGACUUUGUUGGCGUGCACCAGGAGCGCAUUCUGCAGUGUCUGAACGCGGUGAGGACGGUUCAGUCUCUGGCGUGUCUGGAUGAGGCCGAUCACACGGUGGGCUUCCUGCUCCAGCUCUCCAACUUCUGCAAAGAGUGGCACUUCCACCUGCCGCAGCUGCUCAGAGACGUCCAGGUGAAUCUGUGCUAUCUGUGUCAGACGUGUACGUACCUCCUGCACAGCAAGAAAAUGCUGCAUCAUUACCUGCAGGCCAAGAAUGGGGAGGGGCUUCCACCAGGGCCACACCCCCAGCAUGCCGUACAGCCCGCCUCCAAAGAGCAGGAGGAGGCGGAGUCUAAAGCGCUGCAGGCGGUUCAGUGCAGCCUGUUAAAGAUCCUCAGCAAAACUCUGGCCACGUUACAGCACUUCACACCCGACUGCUGUCAGAUACUGCUGGACCAGUCGAUGGACCUUGCGGAGUACAGGACGCUGUUUGUGUUGAGUUUCACCACUCCUGCCUUUGACUCUGAUGUGGCUCCGUCGUUUGGGACUCUCAUGGCCACCAUUAAUGUGGCGCUGAGCAUGCUGGGAGAGAUUGAGAAGAGGAAGGAGCCGGUGGUGGUCUCUGAGGACACUCAAGCACUGAAGUCUUUGCUGAUGUUCUCGAUGGAGAACUGCUUCUAUGUGUUGAUCUCUCAGGCUGUUCGCUGUCUGAAGGAUCCUUCAGUUUUGCCCAGAGACAAACAGAGACUCAAACAGGAGCUCAGCUCAGAGCUGAGUACGUUGUUGUCGACAUUAUUCCGUUUUUUCCGGCGAGGCUCCCCUUCCUCCCCAGCCAGCGGGCUGCUUCCCUCAGCGCAAACCAAACCACCCACACCAGGAUCCAAGGCCACGCCGGAGGGCCAGGAGCCCUUCAUUCAGCUGGUCCAAGCCUUCAUCCGGCACGUCCAGCGCUAGACGCACACAUCCCGCUCUGAUCAGAGCUCCAUACUAAACGCUGAUUUAGAGAUCUGAAUCGCACUCAAAGGGAAACUCCAGCAGAGUGAAUCUGUUUCAGUGAUUCUGGCUUCGACUUCGGUGAGCCGUUUGGUGCCAAAGCUCAUCGCGGGUCCUGGACUGCACACAGGGCCUUUUCUAUUUAAAAGCAGUUACCUUUUUUUCCUCAUAAAAAUACAGACGGCCCUACAGCAGCUGAUAAAAACUGUCAAACAUUGAAAUGUUUUUGUAGUUACAUGUAUAUAAUUAAAACAUGUUACAGAUGUCUGUCAUGAUUGUAUGCCAUAGCUGUUUUGUAUGAAAACUUUCUGUCCCAGUUGCCAUAUAUUUGUCUUAUAACCAUAAUAAACUGAAAGGGAGUAAAGCUGAA